UGAACGAUUGUUUCCUGUAGUCGAUACUGACAACAGAACAGCAGUUGCUCUCAUCUCGUCAGAGACUAAACUGGAUAAGAAAAGCCCAAAACACAAAAGACUAGCUCAAGUGAGAAGCAGGAGAAAGCAGUAAAAAUGGACAGUGAAGAAAAGACAUACGGUGGCUGUGAAGGGCCAGAUGCCAUGUAUGUGAAACUGAUCUCCUCUGAUGGCCAUGAGUUUAUCGUGAAGAGAGAACAUGCUUUGACAUCAGGAACAAUCAAAGCUAUGCUUAGUGGUCCUGGCCAGUUUGCAGAGAAUGAAACAAAUGAAGUCAACUUUCGAGAGAUACCAUCACAUGUCCUUUCUAAAGUGUGCAUGUAUUUUACUUACAAAGUUCGCUAUACUAAUAGUUCAACAGAAAUCCCAGAAUUUCCUAUUGCCCCAGAGAUUGCACUGGAGCUUCUGAUGGCUGCAAACUUCUUAGAUUGUUGAAAAUACAAACAAUUACAGUAUUUAACUGCAGAAUAAAUAUUAAGAGAAAACAAAAUACUAUUGUUUUAUUGUUUUAAAUGUAGGUUCCGCAACAGGAACAUUGAACUUAAUAACAGGGUUAAGUGCAUUACCCACCCUUAGUAUCAUUUAUUAUGUUAUAUUUGCGUAUAAAUUAAAAAAGAUUACAUCUGUUUUUUUGUUUGUGUGUUUGUUUAUACGUUCAGAUUUUUUUGAGCUUUAACCCAGUAUUAAAUUUUACAUUAUUUCUAAUUAACAAAAUAUAGGUGCCUGAAAAAAUAUUCUCCUGUUAACUAUUUUCAAGAGUUAAUCAAAUCAAAUUGAUAUUUAAUUUUAUUGUUGAUCUUUUUGUGUUAACCUUAAAUUUAAAUAAAGGUUGUUAUAAUAACAGACA